AUGACCUUAACAAUCGAGGGCUAUAACGACAAACAGCGAAUUCUGCUUGAGAGAAUCAUUGAUGAGAUGGCCAAUUUUAAAGUAAAUCCGGGUCUAUUCCAAACCAUUAAAGAAAGUUAUAUUAGGAAUCUGAAAAAUAUGAAAGCUGACCAGCCUUACGAUCGUGCUGACUACCACAUGGGGGUUUUGUUGUCAGAGACUAAAUGGACCGCAGAUGAUUUGCUAAAAUCAACUUCACUAUUGACAGCGGAAAACUUACAACAUUAUAUAAAACAGAUGCUAAGUAAAGUGCACAUUGAAUGUUUAAUACAUGGAAACGUAACCAAGUCGGAAGCGUUAGAUAUAGUCAAAAUAUUUGAAUUUAAAUUGAUCAACGCGUUGCCACAAUUCUCACCGCUACUACCACGGCAAUUAAUUCGAUGUCAACAUGUGAAAUUAGAUGAUGGUUGUAACUUUCUUUACGAUGUCGGUAAUAGAUUGCACAAAAGUUCCUGCGUCCAAGUGUACUACCAAUGUGGUGUUGAGACGAUAGAAUCGAACGUACUCUCGGAGCUCCUGAAUCAAAUAAUAUUCGAACCCUACUUUGAUACCAUUAGAACCAAAGAACAGCUUGGCUACAUCGUUUACAUCAGUGUACGACGAAUAAAUGGUGCGCAAGGUCUGAAAUUUACUGUGCAAAGUGACAAACAUCCUCAGUAUGUUGAUCAAAGAAUAGAAGCAUUUUUGGAAGCGAUGUUGAACCAGUUAGUUGAUAUGCCGGAAGAAGAAUUCUCAAGACACAAAGACGCCUUAGCUACGAAAAAAUUGGAGAAACCGACAACGCUGGGCACUCUGACGAGUUUGUUCUGGUCUGAAAUAUGGGAGCGACGAUAUAAUUUCGACAGGGUUAACAUGGAAGUAUCCCACAUGAGAACUGUAACGAAAGAAAUGGUUAUCAAAUUUUAUAAGGAUGUCCUUAUAAAUUCAGGUUCGACUAGAUGUAAACUUUCGGUACAUGUAGUUUCAAUGGCUGAAGGCGGAGCUGGACAUACAACGAUCAACGUCCCGGAAAAUGAAUCAUCUCCGUCCUCGGAAACACGUCUAAAUACAGUUUGUAGAAUUAACGACGCAGCGAUGUUUCGUUCAACCCAAGCGUCGUAUCCUUUGGUAAAGCCAUUUAUUGAUGUACCAAAGAAAAUUUGAAGGAGAAGUAAAUUGUAACUGUAUUUAGUAUAAUGGAUACGAUGCACCGGAUACGGGCAUCCGAGACAAAUUUUGUUAAACAAUAGGGCAUUAGUUCGAAUGGACUGAACUAUGAAAUAAUUGUAUUAUAAAACGAUUGUUCACCAAUCCCAUUUUGUGCAAUGUGACAGAUUUUCAAAUAGAAAAAAGGAUUGACAAAUCCAUUAUUUUAUCCAUAUAAUGAGAUAUGUACAUAUGUGCCACUGGUAUAUAUGUUAAUUUUUCGACUUCACAUAACUGGGAUUGGUAACUCAUACUUGCAGUGAUCCGUACUAACGAUAAUUCAUUUCUGUGAGAAUAACCGCAAUGAGCGAAUCUGACGAGUUCAGAGCAAUUUUCACAUCUCUGAGAGUCAUUUUUAUAGAUAUAUCAUAUUUUUAGGUAAGAUUUAAUAAAACAGUACGUACUUUUGUGGAAAUAACGAGCAUGACCGUCAAAUCAUAUUUACCCAGUUAUACCCAAUCAGAAGGCCGAAAAAAGGCGAUUUUACAAGGAUUUCUCAUGAAGUGACAUUUUAAUUUGAUAAUGUGAAAAUUUAUAUACACAUUGGGGUAACAUUGAAAUUCGUCCUGAUAUUUUAUAAUUGUAAAAAUAAUGAUUUUUAAAGCUGCUAUAGCCGAUCUCCGGGAG